GGACAGUCCUGACUGAGAUGGAAGAGGCAGAAAUUCCUCUCCAGAGAGAAAAAAGCCACCUUCACAAGCCACAGAGCUUCAUAGCCAGUGGAAUGGGAGCCACUCUAAGAUUGGAAUCAUUAGUGGAACAGGCCUGGAUGAUUCAGAAAUCUUAGAAGGAAGAACCGAAAAAUAUGUGGAUACUCCGUUUGGCAAGGCACGGGAGGCAGCAUAGCAUCAUGCCCUCAGAAGUCAACUACCGGGCGAACAUCUGGGCUCUGAAGGAGGAAGGCUGCACUCACGUGAUCGUCACCACCGCCUGCGGUUCCUUGAGGGAGGAGAUUCGGCCCGGAGACAUCGUCAUUAUCGACCAGUUCAUCGACAGGACCACCAAGAGACCUCAGACCUUCUAUGUCAAAAGUUCCUCCUGUGCCAGAGGAGUGUGCCAUCCAGCGGCUGACCCGUUCUGCCCCAUAACGAGACAGGUCCUCUUAGAGAAUGCUAAGAAGCUAGGACUCCGGUGCCACUCAAAAGGGACAAUGGUCACAAUCGAGGGACCUCGUUUUAGCUCCCGGGCAGAAAGCUUCGUGUUCCGCGCCUGGGGGGCGGAUGUUAUCAACAUGACCACAGUUCCAGAGGCGGUCCUUGCUAAGGAGGCUGGAAUUUGCUAUGCCAGCAUCGCCUUGGCAACAGAUUAUGAUUGCUGGAAGGAGAAUGAGGAAGAGGUUUCAGUGGACCGGAUUUUAAAGACCCUGAAAGAAAAUGCCAAUAAAGCCACAAGUUUACUCCUCAGUACCAUACCCCAGAUAGGGUCCAUGGAAUGGUCAGAGACUCUUCGUACUCUGAAGGAUAUGGCCCGGUUUUCUGUUUUAUUACCAAAACAUUAAAAUAGCAUGGCGGGCCAGAAGAGAAGAUUUUCUAAUUCUACACAUUUGGGAAAUUGCUGCCUAACUUUGAAAAACAUGGAAAAGACAUGCAGCUUUCAUGCCCUUGCCCGCUAAGGAGGAACAUGUAUGACAAGACAUUGCACGAGUCAGAGAUGCCUUGUGUCAGACGUGGACUGCUUCACAAAACAGAAGGAAAGCAAAUGACCAGCAAGUGUCUGGAAAAGUCUUACACUUUAGCAAAAAAGACAGGAAGACAUCAUUUACCCUCCCCCAUUAAAUUUGUAACAGUAAAGAGUGGGAGGUGACAUCCAAUUUCCUGUGUUGCCAAGGAAUAAGAAGAAGAAAUGGGACUCUUAGGCCAUUUAUUGGUGUGACUGUAAAUUGAUACAAUCUUUUUGGAGGGCAGUUUGGUAAAAUGUAUCAAAACGCUUACAAAAUACACCCUUUGUGCUCGUUACUCCUAGGAAUUUAUCUUUAAAAAAUUAUUGGAGAUACGUACAAAGAAUUAGGUAUGAAGAAAGAUGUCCAAUAGAGUGUUAGUUGUAAUAGCAAAUAUUCAAACGAAUCUGAAUAUCCAAAAAUUGGAGGUAAAUUAUAAUUUAGCUAUAAUUAGAUUGUGAAGCUGCCAAGUGAAGAUCGUGUUUUCACAUAAUGGUUAAUGUCCUAAAGAAAUGGUGACUUUGUAAUAUGAAAUGAAAAACGCAUAUGUAAGCAUUUUACAG